AUGUAUAACAACCAGAAUGGAAUGCCAGCCCCCCCAGCCAACGGGGGCCAAAGCUACGGAGCUGUAUACAAUCACGGAUCAUCCUACAAUUACAAUUAUGGACAAGGAAAAGGAAACAACGAACAGAAAGGAUACUAUUAUGAUGCACCGACAAGGGCCACAGCAGCCAAUGGAGGAUUGUACGAUGAAUUUUCUCUUAACGAAUUCUCUUCCACCAAAAUUAGACAUGGCUUUAUUAGAAAAGUAUAUUCCAUAUUAUCCAUCCAACUUUUGAUUACUUUUGGUUGUUCAGCAUUAGCAGUUCUCUACCAACCAUUUAAUGCGUUUAUAGUGGCCAAUUACACUCUCUUCUUCGUCCUCGGUAUCAUUUUAAGCUUACCAAUAAUGAUAGCCUUGGCUUGUGCACCAAAUAUAGCAAGAAAAUACCCUAGUAAUUAUUUUCUACUUCUUUUAAUAACUCUUGGUAUGACACUUAUUGUAACAUUAGCAAGUGCGAGAACAAAUUCAGAAAUAUUUUUUUAUGCCUUUGGGACAACAUCUGUUGUGGUUGUAGGGUUAACGAUCUUUGCCUUUCAGACAAAAUGGGAUUUCACCGGAUGGUACGUAUACUUGUUUAUGGCCUUCUUAAUAUUAAUGGUACUAGGCAUUGUAGGCAUUUUUGUGCGUAGCAAAAUCUUUAACUUAGUAUUUGCAGGAAUUAGCGCCUUCCUACUUUCCAUUUCCAUCAUCGUGGAUACCCAACUCAUUAUUGGUGGAAAACACAAGAAGUAUGAGUUCUCCGUUGAUGACUACAUUUUUGCCACCUUGGCUCUGUACAUGGAUAUAAUUAAUUUGUUUCUUUCCAUCCUAUCCAUUUUUUCCAACGCCGAAUGA